UCUUGUUUGAGUGGAACGUGUGAUGUGUUGAGUCGGUGUCUAAACUACACGUGUAUUACAUUUGAAAUAAACAUCACAUUUAAGUACAAGACAUGAGUUUGAAUGCAAUCACGUGUCUGUCUGUGUUGGCCGCUGUCCUCCAAGUGAUCGCCGGUGACUGUAAGGUCACGUCCAAUACCUACUCGUCCAACGAUGGCCUAGUGGUGGCCAAAGUGGCACAUAUUAUCCAAUUCACCGCUCAAUGCGAUGGCAAACCAAAAGGUCUACCGCUUUACGCCGAUAUCAACGGUCAGGCAUUGCCGGCCAUCCGAUCGGAUGACGUGUCCACCGGACAGACCUCUUAUCAGAUUUCAUGGACAGUUGACUUAGCGAUAGCCUCGUCGGGCAGUCAUUCCAUCGCCAUCUACGACGAGGAGGGCUUCGGAUCUCUGCGAAAGGCCCAGAGAGCGGGCGACGGUUCCCAGAGUCAAGUGAAGCCUCUGUUCACGUUAGAGUUGAGCCACUCGUCGCCCUAUAGGGGUCCACUCCUACCGACGGAACUCGUGGCUACUGUGGCCGCACUCGGCCUCUGGUGGGCCGCCUAUAGAGCGAAGAACGAGCGCUCUCUACGUGAGCGACGGGAACGGCGUUUACUUGAGUUGAUUCAGGCGCAGGACAACCAACAGCGGCGCCAGACAUACGUCCGCAAUGUGUGUUACCAUCAGUACGGGUGGCGGCCGUUGAAUGACACGCAAUAUGAGUCGUUGGUGGACACGAUCGGCGCUUAUUUAGAUCACCUGAUUGUGGACGACACCAAUCAACUGAUCUACUGUUUUGUGCCAAAAGUCGCGUCCACUAACUGGAAGCGAGUGCUUUUGGCGGUGAGUGGCGUCCGAUCGGCGUCGGAUCCGCCGGUCGACCCGCUCUACAUAAAGGGCAAUGAGUCACACGUUCCGCACGCCUUCCGGACACUCAGCCAAUACAACACUAGCGCUGAGAUCGCCCACCGAUUGCGGACGUACUUGAAGUUCAUGUUCGCGCGGCACCCGUACGAGCGCCUGCUGUCCGCCUACCGCAACAAACUGGAGCGCACGUACAGCGACUACUUCCGCAACCGAUUCGGCCGCAAAAUCGUGCGCCAGUAUCGGCCCACAGCCACCAACGAGUCCCUGGACAGAGGCCACGACGUGACGUUUGCCGAGUUCCUGUCCUAUGUGUCCCAAUUGAAUCACACCGACCACAAGCGCGAGUUCAAUGAGCACUGGCGCCCCGUCUUUGAUCUGUGCCUUCCCUGUGCUAUCGAUUACGAUGUGAUCGGAAAGUAUGAGACACUGCACAGCGAUGUCCAGCUGGUGCUACGCCGGGCCGGUAUCGGCCAUUUGAUACAAUUUCCCACUCGGUCUGACACCUAUAGCAACCAGCCGUCCAGCGAUCUCCUCAACCAAUACUAUAAUAACAUAUCCGACAGAUUGUUAGAUAAAAUAGCCGAUGUCUACCACGAAGACCUACAGCUCUUCCAAUACGAUAAAGUAAUUAAUUUAAAACCUAAUUAACAAAUUAUUUAUACUUUUUAGGCAUAAUUAAUAAUUAAAAAAAUGGCAAUUAAUUUGUAAUAAAAAUAAUGCAAUAGUUUUCUACAAAUUACUUAAUCGUUUCAAAAGC